GAGCCGACUCUCUGCGAAUCGCACAUAGCUGGAGUCAACAUGGCAGACGAAGCCACUAGGAAGGCAGUUUCUGAAAUACCGCUUUUAAAAACAAAUUCAGGACCAAGAGAUAAAGAACUAUGGGUUCAGAGACUCCGAGAAGAAUAUUUGUCUCUCAUAAAGUAUGUUGAAAAUAACAAAGCAGCUGACAAUGACUGGUUCCGUCUAGAGUCCAACAAAGAGGGCACAAGGUGGUUUGGAAAAUGCUGGUAUAUUCACGAGCUUCUCAAAUAUGAAUUUGACAUGGAAUUUGAUAUUCCAGUUACAUAUCCUGCCACAGCACCUGAAGUGGCCAUUCCAGAGUUAGAUGGGAAGACCGCAAAGAUGUACAGAGGUGGAAAAAUCUGCCUGACCGAUCACUUCAAGCCACUGUGGGCAAGGAAUGUCCCAAAGUUUGGUCUGGCUCAUCUUAUGGCUUUGGGUCUUGGACCAUGGCUUGCAGUUGAGAUUCCAGACCUCAUUGCAAAAGGCAUAAUUCAACAUAAAGAGCAGCAAAACAGCUGAAAACAGUAGAAGCCUUUGCAUUUCACCAUGUCUUACUGAUGCCAACACAACUGACAGUUUUAACAACAUUGGCUUGCUUUCCCUGUGGUCUCAAGUUUUUGUUUGCAACCUCACAUAAUCUAUGUACUGCACAUUCAUAUUUGUACAUGGAUCUGUUUUUUUUUUUUUUUAACUGUAUAUCAUAGUGGUUCAAUGUUGGCAAGGCUUAUAAUACCUGUCCAGUGGAAUACGUAUGUUUUUCAUCAGUAAAGCUUGUUAAAUAAAUGUG